UUCCUUUUAAAACCUGAUGAUUGUAGAAGUUAUCUGUUUUUUGUACGUUGAAACUUGGAUGUUGAAAAGCGUUCAAUGAAUACAAAGUUUGUUGUGAAUAUUACUAUUAUUAUAACUGUUUGUCAUGAACAAAGCCCCCCCAGAGGACUUCUGUGAUGACGGCAGCUCCCCUUGCCCAUUGUGAAGAUGAAAGGAAGAGGAAGACGCCACUGUGAAUCCAGAAAACUCAAGUCCACUGUUUCAUACUCAAGCCUUCCUGUUUGUCAUACAUCCAAAAGAGUGAACUGCUUCUUCCAAGCAGUCUCCCAUCUGGUGGCACCUACACACACUGCACUCAACUCGUGUGGGCUCUUACUUUUCUCUUUUAUUUUGUGUUUUGCAUCUAAAAGGUCAGGGAUGGUGAAAUAGGACGGUCAUGCGGUGUAGGAGGAAAAAGAGGCACAGACAUCGGAAUGCCACAGGCUGCCUCACUGCUGCCCUUCUUUCUGGUGAUCAUGGGAUAUGCUCUUGCAGGGCUCAGUAUUUGGCCCUCCUUCCAUGUUGCUCUUAGCAACGGCAGUGUCUUUGUGGACUUCAGUGUAAAAUCCAACAACGGCACCAUCCGCAACAUGAGCCUCUCUCUGGUCAACAUGGAAACCAACACCACCCUUCUGACCAGGACUCUCCCCAGCAACCAACUGGCCGGUAGGGUGGAGUUCGAUUGUUCCUGCUUCCUGUACGCGGGAACUUUCCGGUUCCUGCUGAGGCAGACCAGCAUCAUCGCUGUUUCUCGUGCUAAUGGAACCGGCAGUAGCAGCACAGAAAGCACUGCCUGGUGGUGGAGUUCAGAACUACAGGUGCAGUGGCCAACCUUUCACAUUGCUGUGGAGAGAGCUGGAAACCACUCGGGAUCUUUUCAGGUUUGGAUAUCCACUAAUGACUACUUUCAGCCUUGCUCCAAUGGCAUUGACUCUGCGCUUUUUCUAGAAGUCAGCUACAUGGAGUACAACCAGAUAGGGCGAAAUAGCAUCGACAAGGUCAGAGCCCGAACGCGACACCCAAUCAAACCUCUCCGUUCCCAGAGUGUCGAGCUGUCCUGUGCCUUCCCAUUCACAGAAAAAGACUUCAUAAAAGUGGCUUUAAGGUCCCCUCACACAUCACAGGAAGUGAAGAGCUCAGGACCUCUCUACCUGUCCCGUAUAUUCACCUAUAAGCUGCUGGUGGAAAAUGCCAAUGCCUACAAGAGCGGAUGUGAAGGGACUAUGACUGUUAAAAUGAUAACCCCGCCGUGUGCUAGCAUCAAUGGGAAAGUGUUGCUGUAUAAUGAGGCCAGUGUUGGAAGAGGCGUUGCUGUUUCCUCUGCAAUGAUGGGGUUUGGAUCAGAGGAACCUUCUUCUCCUCCACUGGCUUAUAAUUGGCUGACUCAGGGAGAGAACGAGACAGAAUUCAACUGCUCCCUGUUUUACCCAGGAAGGAACAAGUACUGCUUUCGCUUUGUUUUCAACUUCAGUCGCUCCCCUAGUCCAGCGCAGACUUGUCUGCUGGUUUACAGAAGUGCAGAGUCAUGGGGGCCCUGGCAACCGUGGAGUGUGUGCAGUGUGAGCUGUGGAGAGGGGGUGAGGGAACGAGUGCGCGAGUGUUUGCUGCCCUCUGGUGUGCGAGGGCUGCAGUGCACCGGCAUGGUGAAGGAACAGUCCCUCUGCUCACUGGAGAACUGUGUUGUGUCGCCCUCUCCUUCUCCAUCCCUCCCCCCUGCCACUGUUGGAGUUACACCCCUGGGUGGUAACAUGGUCGUUGUGGUCGGCAUCUCCCUGUGCCUGGCUGUGAUUAUGGCAACUGUUGUCGUGACCGUGUGGAGAAAGUUUUGCCAGACUCCCCAGUGCAGCUCUGUCCGCAGAGGCUCCCUGCAUUCUCCUGGGGGGCGCAAGCUCUCAGAUGAGGCCUCCAUCUGUGGACACAGCCUCCAAAGACCCAGCCUCUGUGACGGUCAUGGCCCCUCAGGAGGCGUGGGUGUUGCACUCAAAGACAGGCCUUCCCUGGAAAAUCAGCCUCUCUCACUGGUGAUGCCACUCUCACAGGACCCAGAGAGGCUGUCUCCCACUGGUCAGAAGGUGUUGCCCCCUAUAUUUGGGUAUCGGUUGGCUCAGCAGCAGCUGAAAGAGAUGAAGAAGAAGGGAUUAAAAGAGGCCACACAGCUGUAUCAUGUCUCCUCAAGUCCUGUCCAUGACACCAUGGUUGAGACAUCAGCUUCGCCCACCAGCUCUCCUAUUAAUACACCAAGUGGAUUUGCUCAUUCUGCCCUCCCUUUAAGCCUGCACGAUGAUGCUAACCACAGCCAUUUUUGUAUCGCGACGCCUAUUUCUGAGCUGCCGAUACUAAAUUCUAGGGUCACGCCAGAUAGACUGAGUCCAAGAGUGGAACUAAUCUUAGGUCCACCUGUCUCCGCUCAUGCGACUGGGGGUAGUUCAAAAUGGCGUGACCGCACUGCUGACUGGGUGGAAAUGGUAGAGAGGAGUGGGUUAGUGGGCCCCAGAGGAGAAGAGGCAGCAAGCGGAAACUCUUUUCACAAGAAUCCAAAUUUCCGGCGGACUUCCAGUUUUAAUGACACCAAAUUCCAGCCGCCAUCCUCUGCACAGUCCAGGCAGUUCAGAGAAAGGAGCAUGACCCAGGUGGGAUCUCGGACUCUUCCUGAAGGAAGUUGCUGGACUAAAGGAGGAUGGGAGAGACAACCGUACCGCUCUUACCCUAUUCCAGAACAUGGAGCCUCGGAGUGGAAUAAAUCCAGACCCCAGAGGAAUGACCAGAGGAAGGCCUGGAUAGAGACAGCAGCUCCCACUCACAGUAAUGAAGUCAAACACACAGGGACCAACACAAAUAGCAAUUCAGCAUCUGAGAAACAUACCAAAGCAGACUUCAAUGGCACUAUGGAAAGGCAAAAGAGUGGGGAGCCAGGCUCAGGGAUCGGGGGUCCAGCCACAGGGCCUGCCAAUUCUCCUGGUAUGAAUCAGCUGAGCAUAGAGCGAGCAGAGCAGAACUGGAACCGCCGUGGCCCCUCACCUAUCCAGAGGAACAUCCUGGCUCGGAAAUUAAAGGAGGCUCAGUCCUGCUCUGGGGUUAAGGGCCGACAGCGCAGCUCCACGUUCAGCGUGUCGACGUCGGAGCAGAGAAAAAAUCGCUGCCGCUCUCUGCCAAUGUCAGGAGACCACAGCAGCAGCGGUGGCUCUUCGUACAGGCUCAGCGAGGCAGAGCAGAGGAUGCUGGACCUGGAUCUGUCCUCAGCAUGUGUGCAGGAGGAGGAGUAGGUCAGACAAGUUUGUAGCACUACACUUGAGCAGACUUUGCAUUGAUUCUUUUCCCCAGCCUCUAAACUAAACCCUCCCUGUCCAUCUGUGUACCCACGUAUCAGUAAGUUUUGUAUUGUUUUGUAGUGUUAAAGAUUUAUCUAUGAGAAGAGGAGAAGAAUGUGUGUUGAAGUUUGUUUUUUUCCAUAAAGUUUGUUUGGUUGCAUUUUUAACUGUAUUUUUUUUACAUUACAAUUUUAUCAUUGUACGGUAAAUCUGUUAUGUCUACUUCAUAGAAUCCCCAUGUUAAGAAUCAAUGUUUUCAGAACAUUUUGGCAUAAUAAUUUACUUGUAAUAUGUUUUUUUAUCUGCAUCUGUGUGCACUGGUAAACACAGGAAGAUUUUUUUCUUAUUCUUUACUGCCAACUCUGAUUUUUUUUUUUAUAAUGUUGUCAAGUCCCACUGUUUAGGACUAUGCUGUGGUAAGAACUACUCAAUCUAUGACGUGGUUUACUCUUUAGAGACAUUUUUGAAUGUGUGAUCUAAGCAGUAUCAGGUGUUUUCUGAAACCUGCACAAGUUACAGCAACAGAGUUAAAUUUUAACUAUGUUUGAGGACAAUCAAAUAUGAACACCAGCGAGGCAUUGGAGCAGAAAUGCUGUUUGUUUUAAUGCUGAAACAAUAUACAUUUUAUAGACAGAAAGGCUCACGGCAAAAUAGAAAAUACUGUGCAUUUGAUAAUUUCAAAAAAGUAAGCAAAGGGAGAAAUUAAAAUAUGGAGAAUUGAAGCAUUA